AUGAGGCAGCGCCUCCUCUCGCGGGAUUCUCCGGAUGACGAGCGCAGGGAGACGAGGCCCCAGCAGAGUCUGCGGCAGCGGGUCGGCAGGUGGCUUCCUAUCACUGUCUGGCUGCCGGCUUACAACUGGAGCCAGAACGGCCUGCAGGACGUGUUCGGCUCGCUGACGCUAGGAUGCAUCCUCAUCGCGCAGUCCCUGGCCCACGCCGACCUUUGCGGGGUGCACCUGAUCCACGGGCCCUACAGCUGCAUCGUGCCUCCCCUGCUGUACGCUGCGUUCGGGACCUGCAUCCACGCUUCAGUCGGCACAGGCGGCCUGGUGAGUCUCCUGACGGGGGAACAGCUGAAGCCCGUGGGCGAUGAGGAGACGCGCACGCGUGCUGGCGCGAUCUUCACCGCUGAGGUUGGCAUAAUAUUGACCAUCAUGGCCGUCCUGCGGCUCUCCUUCCUGGUCAGGUUCCUGUCGAGGCCCGCCCUCAGUGGCUUCGUGACCGGGAGCGCCCUGCUCAUCAUCCGCUCGCAGCUGGUUCCCGCCCUUGGCAUGCCCGAGCGCAUCGAGGGCUUGCGCGCCAUAUUCUCGAAUCUGGAGCUCGUGAACCCGGGGACGGUGGGCAUCAGCAUCGCCGCCUUCCUGUUCAUUCGCUACGUGCCCAAGUACAAAAACGAGGACGUGCGAGAACGCGUCGGAGAGGAUACUGCCAGCAGGCGAAUGAGAAAGAUCAAGAGGGUUGUGCUGAAGCCGGUGGGCGAGUUCAAGGAGCUGAUCGCCCUGAUAUUGACGGCCGCCUUCUGCCACUCCUACGCAAAAGAUCUGAACAUCACCACCGUGGGAGCGGUGCCCGCGCGGGUGCCCUCGGGCCUCCCGCACCCAGCGCUGCCCGUGGUGACGCACGAGGACGCAGCUCUGGCGAAGGAGCUGCUGCCGGGGGCCUUCUUGGUCGCCAUGGUGACCUUCCUCUCGUCCUUCGCGGGGGCCAAGAAGUUCUCCAUGGUCGACGGCUACGCCCUGGACGCGACCAGCGAGCUGCUGGCCCUCGGCCUCGCCAAUCUGGGGGGCUCCUUCUACGGCGCGGUGCCGGUCCAGAUCGGUCUCAGCAGGCUGGGCAUAUCGCGCUCGGUGGGCAUUCAGACGCAGCUGGGGGCGAACGUGGGCGUGGCCGCCGUGAUAUCCAUGGCGCUCCUGGCGCUGAGCCCGUGCCUCUUUUACGUACCCCGUUGCGUGCUCAGCUGCAUCAUCCUGAACGCCGCCUCGCACCUCACCGAGUUCCGGGAGGCAACAGCGCUCUACCGGAUGUUCCCCAAGUGGUCACACCGCAAGGAUUUCGCCGUGUGGCUGGUCGCCUUCCUGGCCACCAUAGGGCUCGGUGCGCUCAAGGGCAUCUGCUUCGCCGUCGUUGUGUCUCUGGUCAUCCUGGUCUACCGGGUCGCGGAGCCCCCCGUCCACAUUUUGGGCCGCGUUGGGAACAAGGACCGCUGGUUCAGCACCGACCGCACCGACGCUCAGGCGAGGCCAGGGAUGCUGGUUGUCCGCGUUGACGGGCCGCUGUUCUAUGCGAACGCGGAGAGCAUCGAGGAGACGAUGAGCCAUAUGGAGUUGGACGAGACUGACAGGGGGAACCCCAUCAGGGCCGUGGUUUUCUCCGCCAGCGCAGUAACCUUCAUUGACUCGACGGGCUUGCAGGUCCUUCAGUCCAUGAUCAUCGCCCACGCCGAGCGUGGUGUGCCGUUCCUCAUAGCCAACGCGAUGGGGAAAGCGCUGAAGCUCAUCGAGCGCGAGGUCAGUGCGAUGAUCAAGAGUAGGAGCAAAGCUUCAACGGAGAGAUCUUCUGCCACUUGGGCCCUUCUCCAGCAGUACAUGGAGAAGACCCUCUUUGAGGAUACCGUCUCGGUGGCCGUAGAUUUUCUGGACGAGAUGUUGCAGACCGAGUCGGUGGUGGCGCGGUGCUCGCUCGAUUCUCAGAACUCGCUCGCGAAGAAGGCGAGCUCGACCUCGAUUGAGGUCGUGCAGGAGCCCAUGGAGGACCUUGAAGAGGAGACUGACUAUGUCGAGGGCGUUGCGAGGUUCCAUCCUCUGGUCGAGUCCUCUCGGUAUCAGAGCAACCCCUCUUUGUACAGAUUAGACAAGCCCCGCGGUUCCUUCUCCCACAGAAGGGUCUCGUCGGACGUGCAGACGUCAUCCGCUGACAGACAGCAAGAAUUUACACGCCGCGUGUCUCAAUAGUUGAUGGUAAGGCACGCGGCGCCUCUGUAGUAUCAAUCUAGCGAGGACGCGUAUGGCGAAUCACCGCCGCCCCCUGUUCUCUUUGGGUACGCCUAUUCAUGUGGCCGAGCUUUGGGCCCAG